AUUUGGCCUCGAGCAGUACCCAAGACCUCGAGCGCAGUUUUUCUCAAUACGAACCGACCUAGGCUGGUGGAUAACAUUUUUAUUUUUUUUCUUAAACUUAAAACUUCAUGACAUAUAUAUUACUCACUCCCAUAUUGCUCAUUCGUAAGAAACAAAUUCGUGACCGCAGCCAUGCUAAAUGCAUCUGGGGUUUCAUUUUUGUUGCUAAGAAUAUUUUAGGAGAAACACGAUUCUCUACAAAUGUUCCUUUUUCAUACUGACAAAAUAUCGCCAUAUCAGUUACAAACGCCAGAAAAAAAUUUCGGUUUCCACUUGGUUGGAAAGUGAUUAACGAGUCGAGAUUUGAUUCUGACAGCGAAAUAGGUAUUAAAAAGUUGCCGUGAUUGAAAAAUGAAACAGGUCAUAACUUUUUGUUUAGAAGUUUAAAUUUCCUAUCAAGGUUGUGAUUUCUGCUGAUGAUUUUAGCGCAAAUCCAGAGCCGGAAUAUAGAGCUGAUGCUGCAUUGAGCGGAGCUUCAAAAAAUCCCUCUGAAGAAUAAGACGCAGUUUUAGUUUAAUCGUGUCUGACAUGGAUUCCGAGAGCGGUGAACCACGCUACAAGAACAUAGUUCACUUGUGGGAGUUUCUCUACGAAUUGCUUGCCAGCGGGGACAAGUGCAGCUCAAUCAUAGCUUGGAUCAGAGAGGAACACGGGGAGUUUAAGUUGAAGAACAAAGAAGAAGUCGCAAAGAGGUGGGGCGCGUACAAGAAAAUAAAAGGAAUGAACUACGAGAAACUCAGUCGAGCUCUUCGACAUUACUAUCCAAAAGGAAUUAUUAAAAAGGUUGCAGGCCAGAGAUUGGUGUACAAGUUUAACAAACUGCCAUAUAAGUAUGAACCCGGUGUAACGAGAUCUCUUUACCACGGGAGUAGAAUCAAGGCUUGCAUCCAAGAACCAACGAAAUCUAAAGAAGCCGACCCCACCCCUCCCAAGACGAACACUAACACUUCACUGUCAGCUUUUACUCCAGUCCGCGGACAUCCCAAAAAGAGCUGGUCUUGGCCGCUUCUUUCCACGCCAACGAACCCUUUCGUGUUGUACCCAGGUUCCACACCUAACACGCCUGCAAUAUUUGACAGCUCUAAGACCAUGAUCGUAUUCCCGUUUGGUCCCAGUCCACCCGUGCACCAUCCAUUACAGUUGCAUUUGAAACGGGAACACGAUAAACCUGUUGGUAAAAUGAUAACCUCUGAAGUUACUUCGAUUCCGGUUUCGGUCAUUCAGCGUGUCUAACGCACGCUAAUACCGAGAUUUUGGACACACUUCACAGCUUUUUUUCCCCUAAAAAAACAAAACAGAACUUAGACAAGAUAUUAGAUUAGAGUAUCUUGCCCUAAAGUUGCUUUACCUUAUAACAGUUUAUUCAAUUACUUAUCCUGCUUAUAUAUUCGUUUAGGCUCCUCCACUUUGACGUAGUCCGAACAAUAGAAAAAUUGCCGCUAAGUUUUCCAGCUCGAUGGGAUAACAUCAAGCUGAAAAGAGAAAGUCAUCAUCUCAGAUUAUGCUUCCAAUGCUUUAAGGCUGACCAAUAUUUUAUUCCAAAAGCGCUACGGUUAAAAAGGUAAAUUUUCCCGUAAAAAAAGUAUGUUUUUAGAAAAGAUGUAGAAAAUAUUUUAGAUUUUGCGAUAAAAAGUCUGAAGAUGUAUUUUUUUUUGUAAAACUUAUUUUAAUUUUGCAAGUUAAAAUAUAUUUUUUUUAAACAA